CUGAAACAGCUUGUGUGAGUCGAAGUAUGAGAUGGUGGGAAAAGAAUCUUAAACCCAACAUGGUAAAGAUCCACUCUGCUGAAGAACUUGUUUGUUCUUUACAAAAUGCUGGUGAUCGAUUGGUCAUUAUUGUCUUCUAUUCACCUGGUUGUGGUGGCUGCAAAGCCCUCCAUCCUAAGAUCUGUCAACUGGCCAAACAGAAUCCGGACUCGAUUUUCCUCGAAGUUAACUACGAUGAACUGAAGAACAUGUGCCACUGUCUCAAUAUCCAUGUCUUGCCGUUUUUUAGGUUCUAUAGAGGUUCUGAAGGCCGACUCUGCAGCUUUAGCUGCACUUUUGCUACCAUCAAGAAAUUGAAAAACACAUUGGCGAAGCAUGGAUCGAAUCGAUGCAGCCUCGGACCUACGAAAGGUUUGGAUGAGUCAGAGCUAAUGAAGUUAGCCUCAGCAGGCGAAUUAUCAUUAAGCAGUUUACGAUUACCUUCCUUGAAGGAAGAAACAAUGGAGGAUUUGGUGAUGAUGAGAAGCAUGGAACUCUCUGGUUUCUUUGACAAAGCCGAUAUCAAUCGGGCACAUGUCGAAAAAGAGGGAGCUCUGCUAUAGGCUUCGAGUUCGACACUUGGUCCGAGUAAUAUUGUUAUUGGAAGUGGACAGAGCCAGUUUUUGAUGUAGGAAGUUGUUUUUGUAAAUAAU